AUGGACAGAAAGGCGUACCCACGAGAUGUACGAUGUGAUGAAGUCACUCCAAGAAAUGAGGAGAUGCACAAAAUGAACCCCUCCAAUGUUGAUAAGGGCUAUGUGGAAGAUCACGUAAAAAUUAAUUUUCCGUCUAACCUUGACUUGAAGCAUAAAGAAAAGGAAGUGAACCCAUGGGGGGAAAUAAGAGGGACUUAUUUUAAGCUGAAUGAGGACAGCAGAACGGAGUACAACUGUGGAGCAUCAGAUAUGAAAAAGCAGUUUGACAAAAGUAUGAGCCCUGAGCAAGGUAACCUUCUUGGGAGCGGGGAGGAGAUUUUGUUGUCUAGGAAAAGUGACUUACACGAUGAGGAAAAGGGAAAGGGAAAGGGAAAGGAAAACGAAAAGGAAAGCUCUGAAAUGAGCCAAAUGAGCCUCUUGCAUGGGACUUGUUCAGGUGAACACAUAAAUGCACCGAUUCCACAGGAGCAGUGUAGCGGUAAUAUCAAGCCAAUAGAUCCACCCCCUGUGGAGAAAAUCAAAGAGGAAGAAAGCCCCCACCACGGAAGUACAUCUAGGGGAAAUAUUAGAAUGGAUAGUAGCAGUGACAAAGGGAGAAGCAGUAUGGACGGUGCAUACAUUACGAUGAAACGAGAGCAAUAUGUGAAUAACGUUUCUACUAAUUUGGACACAUGGUGUAAUAGUGAAGUGUCUGGAAGUAAUCAUAUUUUCUGCAACAGAGGAGUGCCUAAAGAGGGCACGCAACUUCGACAAACAAUAAGCAUCCCGGAUAUAGGAACAGAUGACAAGACGGAUAAGGAAGAACAAAAGGAGUGUACCGUAGUGAGCGUAGAAGAGGUAUCUAGAUGGAGAAGUGUAAAGGAGAACGGUUAUGAGGAUAAGAAGAAUGUGUGUGACUUGGUGCAAGGGGGAGGUAGCUCUCCCCAUGGAAAGGAAGAGGAGAGUAGAACUAAUCCUAUAAUACAGGAAAGUUUAAAUGAGGUAAGAAGGAAUAAUUGCAUGAAUAGGUCAGGUAGUUACUUCGAAAAUGGAGAGAAACGUAAUAUGAAUGAAGAGAAUUAUUUAAGGAACUCCAAUUUGAUGAAGAACCUUGUUAGUGAUGAUCACCUGGGUGAAGGAUACAGACGAGGAAAUCUCUUUACUGGAGAUGAUUCCCAGUGGGUGAACAUUCUGAACACAAGGGAAACCCCUCCGAAUGGAGAAGAUCGUCUUCGGAAUAGCUACCCUCUCAUGGAGGACAUUGCCCAUUUGAAAAAAAAUCCACAUGUGGAAGAAAAGACAGGUGAAUUAACUUCUGAAGAGGAUCAAACUGGGGAUGUACUCCAUGGUGGCAACGAAAAUGAGAGUAUGUUGGAGAAGUGUCUUCAUGUGAAAUGCAAGAAUAUGUUUCUAUCCACCGUUGAGGAGAUAAAGGAGAAGUUGAUAGUAAAAACGCCGAAUGUGGAGAAUCCCAAAUUGUCUAAUAAAGUCAAGGAGAUUGAUAACCAAUUGGGAAUAGGGAAUGGAGAAAUGAAAAAAGAUGGGGAGGAAAACUUUGGAGGGUACUCUUCAGGAAAGGGGGAUAAAACAAAUAUAAGUGAAGGAGAUUUAACGGAAGGUCCAAACGGAGGAGUGAGUCACGAAAGGGUUAAUCCCUUUCCAUGUGAUGCGGGUAUAGAAAUUAUAUCACCAGGCCAUAUUGAGGCAUCUGCGGAGGGAGGAGGAGAAAAUGAAGGAGUUAGUUACAAAGGUGUAGAAAAUGAAAGGGAUACCCAUUUGGAAGAUUGCAAUGAAGAACGUUUUUCAUGUGCAGAACACACAGUAAGGCGAAUGGAUGGGGCUCGAUUAGGUUCACCUCCAUUAGGUUCACCUCCAUUAAGGGAGAGCUCACAGGAGAGGGGAACCGAGAUGGGUAUCGCCAUACGUAUAGGAGCACAUGACGAUGAGGAAAAAAUAUCUCUUGAAGGGGAAGGAAAAAAGGAAGACCGCUCACCUGAAUUGUGCAAAGUAAGUCUAGAUAUGUCCAACGAGUUAGAUGACAAGUCGAAGGGCAAAGAGAUCAACCCAUACGGGGGAUGCGAAAAUGGGUUAACUUCACAAGAACCAUUAAACAAAAGUAAAUAUAGCACAGACAAACAAAUGGUAGGGGCAAUUCCUAGAACGUUCGUAAGUCUAGGCUACACCGCUGAUGUGCAUGGGGUAGGUUUCAGGACCAGUAGAACCCGCUUUGGAGAACGAAAAGGGAUUCACAUGGUAGAUGGGAAAUGGUCUGAAGGGGAUAAAUAUACUAUGGAUAAUUAUGAAAGGAGUGAAAAUAUUCCUAUGGGUACAUAUCGGAAUGGCCACGAGGAAAUUGCGGCCAACCGGAAUGGUGACUACAGCUCAUUUGAAAAGGAGAUGAAUAGUGCCCUUCUAGAUUUACACAAGGACAGAGUAGAUGUGUGCCAAGAUAACUUGACACAUUUGAGCGAUUGUAAUAAGAAGAAAAAGCGAACUGGCAUUCCACUAAACGAGAGAAAGUACUACCGCGUGCUAGCUAAACAGAUGAUAAAAAUCCAGGGACUAACAUUCGACCAUAACCAGAUCAGGUGGAUUGCCUAUUGGAAGAACGAGAACAACAAACAGAUUCAGAAGCAUUUCCCUGUUUGUAAGUACGGGUUCUAUAAGGCGCGUCAGCUGGCACUGGAAUUUAGGAACUCGAAAUUCGCCGCCAGUAGUCAGACAGUGGGUAGCGGAGAGGGGAAACAUAAAGGGGUGGUCAUCACUGAAGUGGACAAAUCAGGAGUGAUUAAUCUAGGAGUAGAAAAAGGUGAGAUUAUGAACUACGGAGCGAACCCCCCUCAAAGUGGAAAAAAAAAUAGGCACAAGAAGGAUGCCACAGCGGUAAAAAAUUCGGAGUGCACGCAGAUGGGUAACCAAAUGAUAGAAAUGCGCACUACUAAUAGAAGGAAAGACACAAAGGUGGGGAUACAUAACCCCCGUAAGAGGAACCGGAUAAGUAGCAGGCCUAUCUUUCUGGCUGUAGAAAACGGAGGAAUAGUAGCGAAUCAAGAUCAUGCAGAUGGGACAACUGAACCCAAAAAUUUGGAUGCAACGUCGAAACUAGCAUUCGUGAAUAAAAGGAUAAAUACAUGUAGAGGAAGUUCAUAUGGGGAGAAUAAUCCAACUGGAACAUCAGGGGGAGGAGGUUUUCCGGGAGGAAGACAUGCAAGGAUUACAAGACAUGAUAUAAAAAACGUGCAGAAUAUUUUAGCAUGUCAGCACGGAGACAAUUUGAAUAGCAUUGAAAAUUCGCCCCAUUCGACUAUCUCGCAAGGGUUUCCUCCAUUCAUGGGUAAUCAGGUGGUGGGUGGUUUGAGUGGAUGCAUAGGAGACAGUGGGCACAGGUACCAUCAGGAAAACCAUACGACUACAGAUGGGCAGAUCCCCAAUAGACACGAAUACGCGAUGGGGUCAUACGGUUCAAUCAAUUUGUACGACCAGAAUGGAAUAAUAAUCGCAGAACCACAAAUCAACAGAUGGGACAUGGGACAUGGGAAAACAAGCAACUACAGUUACAUGGUUAAUAACUUCGAAUCGAUGCAGAGGGGACACAAUAUGGCUAUGUCAUCGUUUGUAAGUGGAGUGCCAAGUGAGGUAGCCCAUCUGAAUCGUGGGAUUAGUAGAGAGGUUUUAUGGAAGGGUCAAAUUGGGCAUAAGUAUAAAAAUUCGUUGAACCAGGCGAAGCAGGCGAACCAGUUGAACCAGGCGAAUCAGCUGAACCAGGGGAACCAGUUGAACCAGUUGAACCAGUUGAACCAGGCGAAUCAGCUGAACCAGGUGAACCCGUUUUUCAGUGCCAACUACGGGAGAAACUUACAGACAAUCACAGAUGCAGGAAUUUCGCAUAAAUGGGGGGGACAUACACGAACCGGGAAUUAUAUAGAUGGUUCCAAUUUGAGUAGUGGGGAUAUGAAAAACGAAGGGGGGGAGAUUUACUCCCCCCCUUUUAGAUGUUUACAGUCUGGGUCGCCUCAGCACAUCCGAAGUGGCACUUACCAUUACAGUAUGAAUGAGGGGAGGAGACAAAAUAUGGAUCCCCACUUUAACAGUGCAAAUAAACUUGUGGAUGGUACAUGGAACAGUACAUGUGAGGAGGAGAAUGGAGUGAACCCUAAUGAUAAUUCGACAGUGCAAAGUUGCAUAAAGAAUAGUUUGGAAGGUAAAGAAGUUAGAGGUAGUGCCAUUUCAGGAGGUAGCUCCGUUGGUGGCAUGAGAAUCAAACGAAUGAUUAAUUCGGCUAGUGCUACCACAGAAGGGGAGAAUCCAAAAGAGAACAAACAGAAGGAUGACCUGAACGUACAUAUGCGUAGUAGGGUAAGUGGUGAAAGGAGCGAACGUGAUACAUGGAAUCUAACUAGGGCUUCCACAGCAACGCACAUUUCGGAGCACUUGUGUGAACUGAUAAAUGUAAACAGAAGUGUAUAUUAUGAACGGAAUCAUGGACGGAGACUUCACAGUGAAGGAGGAGGGUCAGGCGGAGUGUUAGGCGGAGUGUUAGGCGGAGGGUCAGGCGGAGUGUUAGGAGGAGGGUCAGGAGGAGUGUUAGGCGAUGUGGUAAGGAUGAGGAACACGGGUGAGGAGACCACACAGGGAAAAGCAAACAUUUUGGGAGACAGCGAUAAGGCAUUUGGAAGGAGCAUAAAUUCACCUGAACGAUGGAUAACCAUUCAACCCAUGGAAAAGGAAAAAAAAACAAUGAAAAACGAAUGUGUUGAAAGUAGAGAAACGGGAAAGGUGGCAUAUGAUCAUUCUGUGGAUGCAGUAAUUUCUGCAUAUGUUGUAGACACCACCGUUGGGAUGGAGGAACGGAAAACAUCAGAGAGAAAUGUAAGCGGAAAAAAUAAAGCGAAAAAAAAGAAUUCCGUGAGGAAAACGAACAGAAAGGAAGGAAAAAGUUUUAUUGACUCACAAAUCCGCGGUAAGGAUAUAUCUGUAUUGUCAGAAAGUGAUAUCAUUAAUCCGAACGGCCAGUGGUAUGGAGAAGGAGUGAGGGGGGAGAUGCAUCGAACCGGUAGGGGCGAACACAAUCAGGGAGGAAUCUCCAAGGAGAUUUCGAAAUCGAAGAAUCGCAAAAAGAGUGCUAAAAGGAAAAAAGAAAAAAACGAAUUAGAUGUUGCACACAUGGAGGGGAAUCAGAACAGAAGCGAGUGCAAACAAAUAGAGGACACGAAAAAUAAAGCGAAUGAAGAAGUUCUUUCUUCGGUAAGCAAUCCCAAUAAAUGGACGCACAGUGUGAACUUGAUCCAGAGGGCAGGUAACUUAAGGGAUUUACCAAAGAAAGCAAUAAUGUAUGACGAAAGGAAGUGUACAAGUGGUAAACACUUACAUCCGUCUAGCGAGUUGAUUCAGCUCCCCCAAAACACUCCUUUAUGCAUUCCCAUUGGAGAACCCAGUGCUCCAGAAUGUGUCACCGAUCCAGUUGUUGUGAAAUAUGGGGAGAAUAUAAGCGAGAAUUCGUCAAAGGAGUUAAAAAAAAAAGAUGUAGUGAUGGUAGAAGGAAAGUACACAUAUAAACUAAAUGAGUUGGAAAAAAAAUGUUGUAAUGAUCAAGAUGAAGAUGAGUACUACUACAACGAGAUUAUGAAAAUGCCGAAAAUUAAAGGAGUUCAUUUUGACAUAAGACAGAAGAGGUGGUGUGCCUAUGGACAUAAAAAGAAAGAAUGUUUUUCUGUGUACCGUUAUGGGUUCCUAAUUGCGAGAGAGCUAGCAGUGAAAAGUAGAUUGAAGGUUCAGAAAAGGAAGAACAACCUUAAAUUGAAGAAGAAUAAGAAUUACAUGAACGGAGAAAAUGUAUGCGAGAAAAAUGGCGUGUCUCCAGUGAAGAAGCAGAAAAUCGUGGUAGAUAGAAAAAUACAUCGUAGUGACAAUUUGGAAAUUACACAUUUGCCAUAUGGUGCAUUACAUAAGAAUAACAACACGGUGAGCUUGAAUGAUUAUACAGGUCCCCCUUCCCCGAUUGACUCAGCGGAAUGCACACCUACCCUUCAUUUUAACGAUCAGAAGGGGGAUCCCCCUGGAAUCAGAAAACCAACGGGAGAAUCGAUCUCCCACGAAAAUGAAAAACAGAACGAUUAUAUCGAUGGGAAGACUGAACAUUGGAACGAGACUGAGAUGAACGAAAAUUUGUUUCCAAUAGUGUUGGCGCAGUCACACAUGACGGAGUCGUUAAAGGGAUCGAGUGUUAACGGGAGGAAGCUUUGCCCCUACAAUGGUAGCGGUGCAAGUGUUGCAAAUAGUGUAAAUAAUGCCAAUGGUGUGAGUGCAGUUUAUAGGGAUAACCUCUACGGGGGGUACUACCCUAUCCCAGAUAGACAUGCAAACCGCAGUUAUACCGGAGUGCUGAGCGAAGUGGAGGGUUAUACCAGGAGGUAUCACACGGGAGAGGUUGGCAACAGAAGGGGAAACGGGACCAACGACAUUGUCCCGCUUGACAACAUGGUGCACCAUUCUGAGAAGAACAAAAAUUGUAAUUACUCAGGAAGCAUGAAUAGAAUUAGUAACAUGAAUCAGAUACAAGAACCGUUCGAAAAUUAUGACUACAGUGAGGAAAAUUGCCUGAAUGGUCAGGUAAAAAGUGACAACUUUUAUAUCUCACAUAAUGCAAAUAGGGAGACCAAUCAAGUGAUGCAUAUUAAGGAAGCAAUGGGAACAAGGAAUUCUGUAAACAUGAGGAACGUGGAAAGAUGUAUCCUUGAAGGACCCAAUGAAGAGUGUCAGUUGUAUAACGGAGAUGUGAAUUGGUACAGUAUGGAAAGGGCAAAUGUGGAUAUGCAGAGGAUGGGUUCUCUUUCAAUUGGGGCUAUUCCGAUUGGAUGCGUUCCUAUUGGGUCCACUGCAACUUUGGGAAAUGGAGCAGCAAAAAUUAACGGUUCUAAUGACGAAGUGCAUAAAAGGUUCCACAGGAUUUCUGUGUUGAAGGAGGAGCAUUUUGUCAACAAUAGAGAGCAUGAUAGGGGAAAUGAUGUCAUAGGUACGCAAGGGGAGUUAGUACCCCUCAGGGUGGGUGAUGGUGCUUUACCAAUUGAUGCAAACAAGACAUGCGUUUUAGAGAUGGAGAAGAGGAACCGUACGAAUGAUAGAACCCAUAUAAAUGGAAUCACGGGUGAGUAUAGAAAUUUUUUGCAGAAUAAAGAAGAAGCCUCAAUUUUAGAACCCGUAGUGGAGAGUAAAUCGAACCAAAUGAGACUUAAGAAGGAUAUUGUACAGAAUGGUUAUUGGAAUUUUAUUAACAAUUUAGAGAAGAAUAAGAUAGGGGGAAGUGGUCUAAGUGCUGUUACUAGCCUAACGACUAAUGGGGUGACUUGUGUGAACAAUGCUCCACUAGUUAACACUGGGGCUCCCCCCGUAGAGGAAGUUGAAUUUACAACUCCUUGUGACCAUCGUGGAGAAAGAAGCGGUGUAGAAAAUGGAGGAGAUAUCUGUAUUGAUGGGACCAUGAAUGUGGGAAAUCCUUUCCUUUGGAUUAAUCCAUCCCCUGAACACAUGGUUACUGAGAACAUGCUUUUGGAUUUUCCCCGGGCGAACAGUACACAGGGGUCAUUUCCAUACAGGUGGGACAAAUAUCGAGGGGAAAAUCAUCCGAUUGGAGACAUAUCCACUGGGAACCAUACACAGAGUGCAUGUGACACUCCCCCCAGGAUGAACGAAAACCAAUGGGCAAUACAAAAAAAACGGGAAAGACAAAUGGAUGUAGAAAGGAUAGUAAACAUGAGUGGAACGAAUUUUUUACAGAAUGAUAUAAACAGGGGGUUGGUAAAAAAUUACUGUGAAAUGAGAAGUGUCGAUCCGUUUGGGACACAUAAUUUAAUGAGGAGGACCACCUGGGGAUGUAGGAAUAUACAAAGCGAUUGCGCGGAGGCGAAGAUGACCUCAUCUUUCAUGGCUGAGGAAAAGACAAACUGUGGGUUAGGAAAGGAACCGCACCUCCAAUAUGAUAAUGACGGAAAUGUGACAAACAGAAGAAAUGGAUACUCAGAAUAUGACAUGAAUCCAUCCUUUGGUGUAAAUAACUCCUUUUUGGAAAAUGAAAAGUGCAGGGCAUUUGGGAAAAGAAACCUUGGCAGAGACAUAUUUACAAGACGGUUUGAUGGAGAAGGAAAAAAGGAAAGGGACAAAAAUUUGGAUGAAAAUGAGAAAAAAAAUUUACAUGAGAUUUUUCAGGACAGUACAAAUAUAGAUCAUAUAGAGGUGGAUAUGGAAAAUAAAUCAAUAGAGAGUGGACUUGCGGAAAAUAAACCUUUGAACUUGGAGGUUAACAUGAUUCAGGCAGAUGUUGAGCAGAAUAGAGAACCAGUGGUAAGUGGGAAUAGUGCAGUAUUGUAUGGAAGGGAACAUAGAAACGAAAGGUAUUGUUGUGGCAAAAAAUGGGUUCGGGUAAACGGGAAGGAAGUCUCUUAUGAGAAGGCUAAUGUGGGGAAGACAGGCAAAGAGGAAACAAACAAAGAUGUAAAAAUUAUAAAGAGAGAGGAAAAAAAAAAGAAGAAAAAAGAACAGAUAACAGCACAAUUGGAUAACCAUAUUUUUCAUUCGUUAGAUGUAGAAGAUGUGAAGGGUGAACAGAAACAAACACGCAGUGAUAAGGAUAGAGGGAGUAGAAGUGGGUUCGCCAAUUUUAGAGGUUCUCAUGAGACAGGCGCCACCGGAGAGGGGGGCGAUAAAAUCUGCCUCUUACCAGUUAGCACUUUGGAAGGAAAUCAAGGAGCAGAGAAUGGGGUAGGUGAUACACAGGGUAAUUACUCAAAUAGAUCCCCAAUAGGAGUUCAUAUUUUCAAAUGCCACACUAGCAGGAUCGGCAUGGAGGGGAGGAGAAGCCAAGUCAUCGGGAAGUACAAAUGUAGUAAAGAAAUGAAUGCUGAAUUUUGUACUUCAGGGGAAUGUGGAAACGUGGGGGGAGUGUCCAUAACUGGGAUGGGAUUCAAAGGAACCGGGACCUCAACAAAGGGGAAAAUAAGACCCAAGGAGAAUAUCACCAUGUUAGAUGCAAUUACAAUUGGUGAAGAAAAAGAGAAGUAUAAUAAACUUUAUUUGCGAAGGAGAAGUAAUUUUCCCCUUUUACAGAAUAAAAGGGGUGAGUUAACUUCCCAAGCGUAUGAUCCGUAUGGAGAGAUGGUGAUAACUACGCAGGGGGGUAGUCAUGGAAAUAUCAUUUCACGUGAAGAACAAAGAACGGAUCCAUUCGUAUUUUUAGAAGACACUGAUGGGGAUCGGAGAGAAAACAUCAUCUGUGAUGACAAUGGAAAGUUGUUAAUAAAUGGGGUGUUACCAUAUGUUGAUUGCCCCUUCACGUUUAGCAAGACAGAUGGUGGGUCCAUCCAAAGUGGCAUAAGAGGCCAACAGUUGAAGGACCAUGAAAUGAACCCACUGGAAGAAUCCCAAACGGUGGGUCCAUUUGAGAAUCUGUAUGGAAGAGAAAAAAGUGGAUACUACAGAGAGGAUGAUGAAAAUGGAUUCGUUCUAAAAAAGGUAGAUAUUUCAAGUACAAACCUUUUGCAUCUUUCAACAAAAAAGAGAAACGACAGAGAAGUGAAGCGUUGGGAUGUAGUGACAGGUGCACUACGAGGCAAAAAAUUCUGUGGUGCCCUUUCCAACACGGCAAAGAAUUGCCAUUUAGGUAGGGGCGUUAUGGGAAAGGUCAGAACCGAAGAUGUGCGCUGUCUUGAGGCGGACCGGAUGAUGGCAACAGCAGAGGUUUUUCUGAAUAGGGACUACUUCGACGUGUGCGGCGAUGUACCACUGGAAGAAAACGACACGGUGAUCAACGGAGCGGUAAGAAAAGUUCCAGGCGGAAGACACAACGAAUGGAGCAGUAGGCACAGCCGCAAGGGCGAUAGCAAAAAAGGAACGAUUCUUAAGAAUGUCCAUAUAUUGAAAGAGUAUGGCGAGAGGUUUUCCCACGGAAGGGCAGAGGAAGGGGAAGUGCCAUAUGAGAGCGGGGUGGAUAGCCUUCUGGACAGAUAUUGUUUAUCCAUUUUUGGGAGCAUGAAGAUUAGCGAACUUAUUCCUAUGAAUUGUGAGGGAAGGGAGAUAGAGGAGGGCCUCCUUGUGGAGCCCUACUGUGAGUACUCUUGUUUGAGUUUACACGACCUGAACAUGAACAGAACAAAGGAUGUCAACCAAACCAUACAUUUUAAGAAACUCAUUUUGAAGUACCUCAUUAUGGAUUUAUUUCGCAACAUAAGUGUGCCAGAAUUUUCAAAAAUGACAAAUGAUAGAACCAAUUUUUUUAUGAACCCACAGAAAUGUGCAUCUAGUUACCCCCUUACAAAUGAAAUAGAAAAAAAUAGGGACCUUCUCCAAAGGGUUGAGAGGUACCAUUUAAAAUAUGUUAAUAAUAUUUAUGACAUGAAAUUUUUUCAGCUGUAUUGGGAUGUGUUCGUGACUUGCUUGGUGAAGAACGUCACGGCGAGUGUUCUGCCCUCCGAGGAGCACUGCAUGGUUAUGCGCUCUCUUCUGUUGCUUUAUCUGGAAAGCUGUGCGUAG